AUGAAUGGAUUGUCGGAAGAAAUCUCAACGGAGCUUCCAGCAUAUGAUGAAGGAUUGGCGUUUUCAAUAAUGAAUGCUUUAUCAGAAGGGGCUGGCAAAGAAGAUAAAGAAGAAGACGGUCGAUCAGAUUGCAGCUCAGAAUACUGUGACGAUGAAAUGCACAAAGUCGAUGUCGUAUGCGAUGACGAUGAUUGUAUAGAGCCAGUUUGUGAAUCUGAAGAGCAGUUUCAGUCUUUUCUGGAAAACUGCUGCAAUGACUUUGAUUUUCACAAUAAUGGUCAUGUUAGUUGUUCUAUUCCAAAUUCAACAAGCACUAUACCACCACUCAUAAAAUGCGAAUGGGCAGGCUGUAAUGCUCACUACGAUAGCAUGAAUGACCUAAUUGAGCAUGUGCACAAUUCACACCUCAAUUUCGUAAAUUUGGACUGUAAAUGGGGUGGAACAGACUGCAAUGUUUGUCCACCGUCUACGUCAACUAACACGCAGCCAGACGCGCAUUCAAUUCUCCGACACGUCCUGCAGGACCAUUUGCAGGUGGCUGACGAUCCACUGGCGUUGUCAGGAGCUGGGCAGGGUGCACAAGGCACCCAAGGCACACAACAAACCCAAAACAACUUGCAUACCCUGCAAAAUUCCGAUAACCUUUCUAUCGCAAUUGCACAUCACGACUAUCCUGAUCUAAAUCCAUAUGCUCACCAUCUUCACGCGACAGCCUUCCCGCAUCUUCACCCGCCGUCGAUAUGUCCCGCAGCUACGCACGCGAGUAUGAACACGAAUAUGAACACGAAUAUGAAGACAGAAACAGAAAAGGCACGCCCAAUACACCCGCCUCACCCACCCAAACCACACCACCAUCACCACUACCACACACCGCACUACCAUCACCAUCCAUACCCACGUCCAAACACAUGCACUAUCGCUGGCCCACCGUACAGGUGCGACUGGCUCAAUUGCAAGCAGCACGACGUCGAGUUUGGGUCGACGGAGGAACUCAUGACCCACCUCUCUACCGAGCAUGUUGGGUCUGGCAAGGCGGAGUAUUCCUGUAUGUGGAGAGGCUGCGAAAAGAGUGGGAGUGGGAGCGGGAGUAGUAGUAGCAGUACACGCGGACGAGUCUUUUCCAGCAGACAGAAAAUAAUGCGUCAUCUCCAAUCCCACACUGGUCAUCGACCGUUCGAGUGUCCAGUCUGCCACCGCUUCUUUAGCGAGGCUGCGACGCUGCAGCAGCACAUGCGAAAGCAUACGAGAGAAAAACCCUACGUGUGCGAUUACCAAGGUUGUGGAAAAGCAUUCGCUAUUGCAGGCGCACUGACCAUUCAUAAACGCACUCAUACCAACGAACGGCCGUUCAAAUGCACUUUUUGCGAUAAAGCCUUCUCUGAAUCUUCUAAUCUUAAGAAACAUCUUCGCACACAUACUGGUGAUAGACCUUUUGAAUGCCCUCACCCGAGCUGCGAUAAACGUUUCGCUAGGCCUGAUCAAGUUACUAGACAUCAGAAUGUGCAUUACAAACAAUAUAAGCAUGAUAAUAACAAUGUCAAUAACAAUAACAAUAGCAUUUGA